AUGGGAGGUGACAGAGGCAUGAGCAACCAUGAGCAAGGCCUUGCGGUCCUGAAACAGGCAGAGGUAGAGGAAACAUUGAAAAGGAUUCAGUCCCAUAAAGGAGUUAUUGGAACUAUUGUUGUAAAUGCAGAAGGGAUCCCAAUCAGAACAACUCUUGAUAACUCCACCACAGUGCAAUAUGCUGGCCUUCUUCAUCAGCUCACCAUGAAAGCAAAGAGCACAGUCAGAGACAUUGAUCCCCAAAAUGAUCUCACCUUUCUCAGGAUUAGAUCAAAGAAACAUGAAAUUAUGGUUGCCCCAGAUAAGGAGUAUCUUCUUAUUGUUAUCCAGAAUCCGUGUGAAUAAAUCCACCACACCAAUGUAAGGAAACAGUGCUACAAUUUUUAAAAUGUCCAGUCUAGUCUGUACUAAAUUAAUGUCAUAACAUUCCUCUAAGAAACUUGUCAGGAAUGUAAAACUGUGGAAUCUAAAAAAGUCUUUGUUAUGUGCAAUCUCAUUGUAUUUGCCUUUUGAUUAUGAAAAUGUGUUCCUAACUCCUUAAAAAGUAAUAAACCCAAAUGUUUAAAGCAUG